AUGCCAUCAGACCAGCCACGAUGCCGAUCGCGCUCCCCUAGCUCUUACUCACGCCAUCACUCCUCUCACCGCAGCGGCCAAGCCGGAUCGUCAUCAUCAUCUCGUCACCGUUCCUCUCGCGACGACGAUGAUGAUCGAAGGAGAUCACAUUCAUCCCGAUCCAAGUCCCAUCGAGAUCGAUCACGAUCACGAUCACCAUCACGGACAAGUUCACCUGCACCUCGUCGAAAACGAGGAGAGGACGAUGAUGAAGCGAAUGACCGGUCAAGUGGGGAAGAGUAUCCUGGACCACCGCAAGGCGUCGGCCAACUCGAUGAGAGCGACUUUUACCUCAAGAGCAACGAGUUGAGGCUUUGGUUGCUUGAGCAGAAGAAUAAGGUGCGUGUUGAGGGGCAGGAGGUGUGAUUUCGUAUGAAGCUGACUGUGGUGGGGUUUGAUUGGAUAGCGAUUCGAUACGCUGCGAAGCGAGGAUGCCAGAAGGUACGUCAUCACCUCAUUCACCAACAUACUCGGAUCCCCAGUGCUGACUCGGUUUUCUCUACAGGUACUUUCGCAAGUUCAUCAAUAAAUGGAACCGAGGACUGCUACCAAGUAAGCCAAAACCGAACCGAACUGAUCGAGAGAGCCGGCCAUCAGCGCUGAUCCACAUACUCUUGUCUGAGCUUUCUUCAGCCAAAUUCUACCAAGGCAUUUCGUCCGCCUCUCUUCCCACAACGGUCUCUUCCUCCCACUCGUGGUCAUUCUCCAAAGCUACCCAACGCGAACUCGACGACGCGUCCUACAUUCGUAAAUCCAUCGAUACCGGUCACCACAAACCUUUACCCUCCACCUCGACCUCGGCCUCGGCUUCCCGAUCCGUCGUCGUCGGUCCCACGAUGCCUCCGGUUACUUUGGGACCUACGAUGCCUUCCUCCCGAUUGGAUGCACUGAGAAGUAAUCGCGAAAGGGACGCGAGCGAACGAGAACGGUCGAAAGCGCUCGACAAGGCCGAAAGGAAGAAAGCGGCGAGGGAGGCGAGGGAGGAAGAGAAAGAUGGGAGAGCGACGGGGAGGGAAAGGCAGUUGGAGAAGAAGAGGGAAUUUGGAGAGAUUAGGAGGGAGAUCAAGGAAGGGAAGGAACCGGGGAUGGUGGAGAUGAAUGAGGAGGAUUUGGGAUUGGUCGGUCCUGGAGGUGGGGGCAGCUUUGCGGCGGCGUGAGUUGCGGGUGAAGUGGUUGAGGUCUCGGACGAAGCUCGAGUACUGAUGAUGCGUUGCAUCCAACAGUGUUGCGGCAAGGGAUCAAGGGCGAAACAAGUACCAAGGCAAGAAGAUGUCGAUUCGGGAGGAAAAGCAAGCGGAAAUGUGAGUCACUCUGAUCCCGACUCGACCGUUUAUCUUGUGGCUCGACACGAGGAGCUCUCGUUGACAUGCUCGAUCCUACAGGCAAGACAAGUUGCAAGCGAUGCGAAGCAAGGAGGAUCAAACAAUGGCUUUGUUGAAGCAGAUGGCGGCGGAACGGUUCGGGCCGAAGUAG